AUGGCAAGUCCGUCGGAUAUCAGAGGAGCGUCCAUCGCAUCGGUUGCGGCCGAUUUCCUCGCUGACCAAGACCAGGGUCCCAACACGACGAAUGACCACCCUGUAGAAGACGACGAAGCUGAUGACGGCGACUUCUGCAAUGAUAACGAGGAUGGCAAUGAUGACUUCUUCGAAGAAAUGGAGGGUAACGAAGAUGACGAUACUGUGCCCUUCAUCGCCCCUACAUUAUAUGUAUGCGACCUUCAAGACUAA